AUGCUGCCCUCCAGCUAGAUGGAAAGCACAAUCUUUCUACACACGUUUAGAGCUGCAGAACAACGUGGCCAGUUACCACUGGGAACUCGAAGAAUUCUAUCAAGACCUUGACAAUAGCAGAUUUGCUUCAGUAGUGGAAAGGCGCUAUUAUGGGAAUAUUCAACAUCUGAAAAUAAUCUCCGAUCACAAAACUAUGUUAAAGUACACCAUCGACAGAGACAGAAACAGAUGUUCUGUAGAAAACAACCCCGACCCAGUUCACACAUUUUGUAUUCCAGAUAGUGCUACUCCCGGUUUCCAGGUGAAACUGGGGUUUGGUGAUAACUCCCUUAAAGCCACUGCUUAUUAUGAUGAAGAUACACUCAAGGAUGACAAGUACCAAAGAGGCAUAUGGUACAUCGUCAACGAGGGAUGUAUUCCUCUGCAACGUGACAGGAAUGGUCUGACAAGGAAAAGUUUCUCGACUCAGAGACGUUCGGAUCAAUCACCAUGGACUAUGAUGAUUCCAUAUUCGAUAUCCCAUCGAUCUGCCCUACAGUCAUUCCACCGACGGAACAGAAGGCAAUGAACUUCUUUGAAGUUCUCCUUUACAAGGCCUCCAUUGAGAAGUUGAACCAGUCACGUUUGUAAGGCACAUAACCGAUAUGGGGAAAUGUGUACUCUGCUGGUAAUUCCCCAUAUAUACUCUUAAAAAAAAGUAGGGGAAUCUGAACUUUAAAUU